CCGGAGGCAGCGCCGACCGCCGCCAAGGAGACCGGUGGCACCGAGCAGCCGGACCCCUCCACCAUGACUCCCCAGGAACAGCAGCAAUACUGGUACCAGCAGCACUUGCUUAGCCUGCAGCAAAGGGCAAAGGCCCAUGCUCAGGGACAGCAGCAAAUGAAAGGUCCAGUAGGGAAGGAUGCAUCUGAGCAGAGAGCAAAGUCUGAAGAAGGGAAAAUGAGUGCUUCAACUCAGCAGUCUGAACCUCCACUUAAUGAAUCCCUGCCUCCAUCUUCCAAAGAAGAUGAGUCUUCUCUUACAUCCACUGAAACUCAGCUCAAUAUUGAACCUCCUGAUGACCCUGAGGAAGAUUUGAGAUUGCAGCAAUUGCAAGCGGCAGCAGCUCAAUGGCAGCAGCAACCCCAUCAGCGAGUUGGAUUUCAGUAUCAAAGAAUAAUGCAGAAGCAUGCCCAGCUGCAGCAGAUGGUACAGCAGUAUCAACAGAUCAUGCAACAGCCUCCACACUUACAGACAAUGUCAGUGGACAUGCAGCUGCGACAUUAUGAGGCACAGCAAAAACAGUUCCAGCAGCUUCAUAAAGAUUGGGAGCGAUCAAUGAACCAACAGUGGCAGCAUCAGCUUCAAACCUACCCUCACAAAGACCAGCUUCAAGAGUAUGAGAAACAGUGGAAGGCAUGGGAUGAACAGAUGAAGGUCACUCAGUCCCAUCUGCAGGAGAAAGUGAGCUCACUCCAAAAUCUGAAGAACCAGUAUCCUGCAAAUGUUUCGCUGCCACCUCCAUUUGUUCCGUAUUCUCAAACCAGUCAAGGUGGCAUUCCUAUUAUGCCUCCAACUUUACCUUCAACUACGCCUCCACUGGUCCCCCCACCUCUCUCUUCUGUUUCUCAGUUGUCUAAUUCCUCUGUCCCUUCUGGAUCCAGUUCUCAAAGCAGUCAAUCCACUGAGACACCAAGGCCAGCUCUGCUUCCCACCCCGGGUACCUAUGCAUCAAAAAUGGCUAGUUCAACUGUCUAUUCACCUUAUCAUUCUCAAGUAAGUUCAUCCUUUGGCUCUUCAGACCACGGAAAGUCUCAAGCUCAUCUUAGUAAACAAACUGUUUCUAUUUCAUCUGAGCAAGGAUGUGGGGAACCAAAAGCCACUUCUUCAGUGUCUUCAACGCACGCACCUACCAUGCAGGAUAAACCUGUGAGGUCAGGUGGAUUGCUUCCAGAUCCUCCCAGAUCAGCACGUUUUGAAGGCCCCAGAGGCCCUAGAUUUGAUGGACCUCGAGGAAGAGGAUAUGACAAAUUCGAAGGCUCAAGACAGAGAGGGCCUCGUUUUGACUCCCAGCGCUCAGAAGGAUAUAGAUCACGUUUUGACCGGCAGAAUACAGAUGGACAGUCUUCAAGUAGAUGGGGGAAUAUCCCACGAGGGCCAGCAGCACAAUUUUAUACUUCGACAAAUUCAUCACAUGGACAUGGUUCCCGACCUGGUGGUUCACGAUGGAUGGGGCCCAGGCCUCAUUUGGGACAGCAGCAGCAGUCACAGACAGACUCACAGUCAGAAAACAAAGAACCCUUUACAGAUGUAGCUGGCAAUCAGCAGACUGUAAGCAGAACACAGACUACUCCUGAUGCACAGAAUGCAGGUCCCACUGAGCCAAAUGAGGACUUGACAAAUACUCAACAGGAGCCAUCCAAACCUGAAGUCAAAGAAACUGUUUCAGACCCUCCUAAAAAGUGGACAUGGAGUUCACAUGAUCCUAACCAGCAAGCAGAAGAGUCCAAAGCACCUACUCCACCUAUUCAGAACCAGAAAUCAUCAUCUCUUUCUAGUAACCCUGUAGCUUUGCAAUCGGGUAUUGCAAGAACAGGUGGUGCAGUAACCCCUGUAACAGGAAAUCAAGAUUUGGAUUCACCAGAUGACCAGCUGAUUGCUUCAGAUAGCACCCAGGGCCCACCUGGACCGGAAAACAGGGGGAAAGGGCCAUUUAUGCAUGAAGAUAGAGGCAAGGGACCAGUAAACAGAGGAAGGGGCCAAGGCAGACUGGAUGAUGGCCGUGGCAGAGGGCAGGGAGAUGGCCGUGGCUGGGGAAUGGGCCGUGGACGAGGUGGACGAGGAAUGGGAAGGAUGGAUGGUGGCCGAGGGAUGGGAAGGAUGGAUGGCGGUUGGGGAAUGGGCAGGAUGGAUGAUGGCCAUGGCCGGGGAAUGGGCAGAAUGGAUGAUGGCCGUGGCAGAGGAUAUGUAUACAGAGGCAGAGGGCAAGCUAGGCAGGCAUCCAUCCGUGGCAGGGGGAUGUUCAGGAGAGCAGGCAGCAGGGAGAGGAUGCCAGAUAGGCGGUCAGGCAGCAGGGAGAGGAUGCCAGAUGGACGGUCUGGCAGCCGAGAGAGGGGCCGGGGUGGACGGUCAGAUAGCCAUGAGAGGGUAUUCUCUAGCCGAGACAGAGAGCUAGCUGGGCGGCCAGGCAGUCGGGACAGGGGACGGGCAGGUAGCCGGGAGAGAGGCCUGGUCAGACGGGCAGGUAGUCGGGAGAGGGAGCCCAUGCGGCGGGCUGGAAGCCAUGAGAGGGGCCUAGUCAGGCAGGCAGGUAGCCAUGAGAGGGAUCCUAUCAGGAGGGCAGGUAGCCGCGAGAGGGAAGCAGGAAGAUCUGAAACAGGCAAUAUGGGUAAACCCAUUCACCUAGGAGAUGACCCUGACAAAUUGCCUCCAUACCAUCGAGAUGAGACACUCAGGGGUUCUUGGGGUCAUGAAGAUGAUAGAAUGCAGGAGGAAUUUCCUUUAGAUAGUCAAGAUGACCCUUCUUUGGAGCAUGAGCAAUUGGAUGACUGGGAAAGAGAACGAUACUGGAGAGAUCACAACUCUGAUUACCAGGAUGAUUCUGUAGAUGCAUAUGACAGAGAUGACAGGUUGCAAUCCCACCACUCAUUGCCUCCACUGUCUCCCCUACCACCACUACCUCCUUUAUCAUCCGAUCGUGACAGACGAGAUUCGUGGUGGGAUGACUGGAAAAGGCCAAGAGAGAGGGAACUAGAGAGAGAUGUAGAUAGGACUGGAAGAUCCUCAGAUAUUUAUGAACAAGAUUUAGACAGAGAAUGGGAUAGAGACUGGGACAUGAGACCCGUGGAUGACAGAGAAAUGGGGAAUCGUGACAUGGAUAUCCCCCCUCUACCACCAUUACCACCUCUUCCACCCCUGGACAGAUACCGUGAAGAUAGGUGGAGGGAGGAUAGGAACAGAGAUCAUUAUGACAGAGACCUCCGAGACAGGGGAGAGCUGAGGAUUCGAGAAUAUCCAGAGAGAUAUGACACAUGGCGGGAGAAGCAAGACUACGUUCCUGAAAGGGCUGACUGGGAGAGAGAACGGUUGUCAGAUAGGUGGUAUCCAGAUGAUGGAGACAGACUGCGGUCUUUGGAUGAUCAUUCAGAUUCAUCCCUUCCUCCACCUUCACAUUCCUCUGAUAUGCUGGGAGCAGAUUCAAACCUGGACUCUGACCAGUCCUUGGGAGGAGUGAUGGUCCUUAGCCAAAGACAGCACGAGAUAAUUCUGAAGGCUGCCCAAGAGCUCAAAAUGCUUCGAGAGCAAAAAGAACAGCUACAAAAGUUGAAAGAGUUUAAGCCUGACAUUUCCACACAGGACUCUCCAAGAUCACAGAAUACAAGCACAAGGCCAGCUAUUAAACCUUCUCCUGCUGUAAUUAUAAAGCCUCCCGUGUUGUUCAGACAGCCUACCCCUGUGACAAGACCAAGUGCCCCACUGACAAGGCCUGCUACACCUUUGACAAGGCCACAUGCUCCAGUUUCUACUCCAACUACAACCCCAAGUCAUGGUCAGUCUUUAAAACCAUCACCUUCUACUAUGGAACAGGAACGCUGGGAUGAGGAUUCUUUCCAUGGACUGUGGGACACAAAUGAGGAUAAAGGAGCAAAUAUGGAGUACGAGUUGUGUAAACAGGAGUCAAUGAUGCCUCCACCUGUCUCGUCGCCUGUGAAAGUACCUGCUGUUCACACAUCUGUUGCAUCAGCUGUACCGGUCUCCCUUCCUCCAGUUAUUCCACCAGUUGCUAAAGCACCCGUAAUUCAGCAAACUGUGGAUUAUGGCCACGGGCGCGAUAUAACCACCAGUAAAGUGGAACAGAUUCCAUAUGGGGAGAGGGUAACCCUGCGUCCAGAACCUUUACCGGAGAGGCAAACAUUUCAAAAAGAGCACCCAGGUCGUUACAACAGAGAAAGAGAUCGUGAACCUUAUUUUGAGCGUCAAGGUAAUUCCAACACAGAUCAUCGGGAUUUCAAGAGAGAGCGGGAAUUGCACAGAGACCGUGGUUCUGUGGAUUAUGAACGAGAGAGAUUUGAAAAAGACCGUCAUCCCCGAGAUGAUAGGACUCAGUCUUACCGUGACAAGAAAGACCAUCCCUCCUCCAGGCGGGGUGGUUUUGAAAGACCACCGUAUGAACGAAAGACAGAUCGCCCAGCAUAUGAUCAUGGGCCGUCCAUGUUUGGAGGUGAUCGUAGAAACUAUCCUGAGGAAAGGAUUCCUAUUUCUGCUCCAUCAAUACCCCGUCAGCCACCACCUGCUCCACGAGUGGAAAGAAAGCCAGAAUCUAAAAAUGUAGAUGAUAUUUUGAAGCCACCAGGACGGGAUAGCAGGCCAGAGAGGAUUGUAAUCAUAAUGAGAGGGUUGCCUGGCAGUGGAAAGACACAUGUCGCAAAACUCAUCAGGGAUAAAGAAGUAGAGUGUGGAGGACCUGCACCAAGAGUGCUCAGCCUGGAUGACUAUUUUAUCACUGAAGUGGAAAAAGAAGAGAGAGACCCAGAUACAGGGAAAAAAGUGAAAAAGAAGGUGAUGGAGUAUGAAUACGAAGCUGAUAUGGAAGAGACCUAUCGUACCAGCAUGUUUAAAACUUUCAAAAAGACCUUGGAUGAUGGCUUCUUCCCCUUCAUAAUCCUUGAUGCUAUCAAUGAUAGAGUGCGACACUUUGAACAGUUCUGGAGUGCUGCAAAAACCAAGGGUUUUGAGGUGUACUUAGCUGAAAUGAGUGCAGAUAACCAGACGUGUUCCAAGAGGAAUAUUCAUGGACGCAAGCUAAAGGAUAUCAGCAGGAUGUCUGAUCACUGGGAGGCAGCACCACGUCACAUGAUGCGUCUUGACAUUCGUUCUCUAUUGCAAGAUGCUGCUAUUGAAGAGGUGGAGAUGGAGGAUUUUGAUGCAAAUAUUGAAGACCAGAAAGAAGAAGACAAGAAGGAUACAGCAGAGGAGGAAGAAAGUGAACUGGGUUACAUUCCGAAAAGCAAAUGGGAGAUGGACACUUCUGAGGCAAAGCUAGACAAGCUGGAUGGUUUGCGGACUGGCACUAAAAGGAAACGUGACUGGGAAGCAAUUGCCAGCAGAAUGGAAGAUUAUCUACAGCUUCCAGAUGACUAUGAUACACGUGCUUCUGAACCUGGAAAGAAAAGGGUGCGGUGGGCAGAUCUAGAAGAAAAAAAAGAUGCAGACAGGAAAAGGGCCAUUGGUUUUGUUGUUGGACAAACAGACUGGGAGAAGAUAACAGAUGAAAGUGGUCAUCUUGCUGAGAGAGCCCUCAACCGCACCAAGUAUAUAUGAAAAACUGGUUAAAUGAAUUUUGUGCCUUUAAGGCCAUUUGCUCUGAGGAGAAGUGAACCAAGGUGUCAUGAGCAUCUUGCAUGGGUCAUAUCACUCCCACCUUCACAGUUUGUCUUCGUUACUUUAGUUUCAUCAGUUUUUCUUGAGAUAUUGGCGGAUAACCAGUGCCCUCAAAAAAACCAGCGCAUCCCACUGCUCCUAAGUGAGAGAGACAGUUUACUUUUUAAUACUUUUGGAGGGGAGGGAGGGGGAGGGCCAGUAGUUUUAGCUGGUGUUUGUGGAAUAAAGUGGAAGGGUUAGACAGACAUUACCUUCACUGUACCAUCACAGAAUGUUUAUCACCUUUGCUUUGUGGCUGUUCUCGUUUUAUACUGUAUGUACCUUGUAGCUUAUUGUAUUAGGAAGCAGAACAAUAAAUUUCACUAUAAACUUG